AUUCACUGGCUCAUUUGCUGAACAAGUCGCCAUAGACAUUCCCUUUUUGGUGCAGUCUGGCAACGCUGCAUAGCUGUGGCACGUGCUGGAAUUUGCAAUUUUUGAAAGUUAUCCUAUCAUUCUUGUUCAUAAUGAGCAGCAGUUCUGAUGAUGUCGAAAUUAUUGAAUACGUGCAGCCCGAUGAAGCCGAGAGCAUGGAUAUAUCUAGCGUCAACAGCGGCAGCAAUAAGGAAAAUGAGAUGCCUUUGGAGGGAGAUUCAAGCCAAGGUUUUGUGUUCAACCCACGAAUUUCCCUGCUAGAACUUGUGUGCAGUGGCAAGCAGACGACAAAGGCCAUUUGCCAAAGCUGGAUAAAGUCAUUUAGGCAUGCGCCUGCAGCAGCUCUACUCAAGUUCAUGCAGUUUGUGUUGGAAGCGAGUGGCAGUCAGUAUCAAAUACCUAGCGUACCAGCACUGCCCUUUAAUUACAGUGAGAUCCUUAUAGCGGCCACAGCGCAUUUUGGCAAUAAGAGGCUAACUUAUCCGCUGAUCAUAAGAACGGGCAAGUCGUUCGCUCGUAAUAUUUGCCAAUUUGUGCAGUGUUUGAUGGGUCGCUGUCUGAGUUCUGGGCUCCUUUUGGAAGAUGUCUUUUUGAAUGACAUAUUUGGCUUUCUCCUGGUCUGCGUGGACUCGAAGGUACGAGCUUUCAGGCACACCUGCACGUUUAUUGCUCUCAAGAUGAUGAGCACGCUUAGCGCGAAGGGCGAGCAUCUCAAGGAUAUGUGGCUGAAGCUGUUCGCGAGUGUCUUCCUGGAACGGUCCAGCGACGUGGUCGACGAGAUACGCUAUCUGUGUCUCUUCGAGUUUGGCCUGUGGCUGGAGACGUAUCCGCAAUGCUAUCUGUCUGCGGAUCGCUUGGAGCAUCUGUUCCAUGCGCUGCAGGAUAAUGCGGCCAAAGUGCUUGAGUGCUGUUUUCAGUCGCUGCUAAAGCUCUACAACAAUCCGAAGCUGCGUGCUGUUUGUCUUGAACUGGGCGUUACGUAUAAAAUGACUCUGCUGGGGCUGACGAUGAGCGCCGAAAACGAACUGGGACAGAUGGCCAUCGAGCUACUUGGACGCUUCUAUAAAGCCAAUCCUACGUUGCUCGAUGAAUCCAUGUUGCAGGUGAUUGAACAAUUGGUCUUUGCAGCCCAUCGGGGCGUGGCACAGGCAGCCGCAGAUCUGGUGCCUUAUCGCUAUCAAGAGGCAGCCACAGCAGAGGAGGGUAUACUGAUUCUGGCUAGGUUCUUCAUUCGAUACGCCGAGCAUGAGCAUGCGGCCUACCUCGUUGAUGCCUACUAUGGUCGCAAUGAUAUUAUCCUGGAAUGGUCAACCAUGGUCGCAAUGCUACUGCAUCCGCAGUCCUUGAAUCGCAUCGAGUGCUCGGCCAUUAUUGAGAUUCUUACACGUGCCAUCAAGCAGGCUGUAACUGGGGAGAUUCCACCUGGACGCUACACCGAGGAUCUGGUGCGUGAAGCCCAGCCUAAUGCAAAGAAACAGGCUACGGCAAUCCUACUGAACAAAUUGUCCAGUCUUUUAAGACAAUAUCGCAACUCUAUUCAUGAUUUGAGCAAUCUGCUGGAGCUGCCGCAGUUUAUGUUGCUGCAGGGGACAUCGUUCGACGAGCUGCUCGAGCAGAUCAAGGACAUCAUGUUCGAGCAGCAGGAAAUUGAGGUACUACAAAUGGGCGCCAUGACCUUGGAGCAUUUGUACAGCCUAAAUGUUAGCCACGGCAAUCAUUGCAAGAUGCUCCUGAACAAUGCUGUGACCAACUACAUGAUCGCAGCCACGGCCUGGGAACAGUCCAUUGCGGGCAACUCUCGCUUGCCCAUGAAGGAUAAUGCUAAACGUCUACUUAACACGCUCUGUCUGCUGGCCGCGCUCUACGCACGCUUCGAUCUCAAUGAGUGGCAGCUGAGCGAUAAUGUUUUGGUUAAGCUGCAGCACGGAGUGGAGGAUUGGAGCAACGGGAAACAAGCCAGCGAGUCUUGCCUGCCGGCCCAAUCCAUUUCGUUUUAUUUGACUAUUAUGUACAUGUCUUUCUCCUGGGACUUGAGACGUAUUAGAGAAGCAGCCAAGGAGGACCAGGAUGUCACGACAAGCUGUCGCGGCUUACGUCGUCGUUUGGACAACUUUCUAUGCAUAAGCUUUCAGCUGAUUGAGCAGAGCGCCUUGAUUCAAAUGGAAUGUGAUGCCUUCACAUAUACCUGCGACAUUUUUGUUCUCUUCUCGAGUUCGCGGCGCAGCGACUGCAUCGCAAUCCGUUCAUUGGAGUGCAAGUCGAAUAUCAGCGACUACGAGCUGAUAGAAAACUUUGUGCUGCGCUUUGUCUUUGAUGGGGGCAUCGCUCAGCUGCUGGCACCAGAGAUGUUCCAGCUAAUGCAGAGCAAGCGACGCAUCCUGGCCAGCUAUUGUAAGCUGGUCUUCCACAAUGUGAUGCCAGUAAUGCGCGCCUGCAUUGUGCUUCAGUAUUACGAUAGUUUCCAUCCGAUCUUUGGUGACAUUCUGCGCUCUACGCUGGAACGCUGCCUGUCCGUGAAUCCCACGAAUUUCGGCAUGACCCUCAUGCACACCUGUCUAUUGGUCUACAAGCGCAUACGUCUCGCCUUUCCCGAUGCUCAGCUGGCUGCCGCUUCCUCGGACUUUGCUGAUCUGCUAAAGCUGGCGAACUUGCUGGCGGAGAUCUUCAAUACUAAGCAGUUGGAGGUGCGAUCCGGAGUGCUUGUACUGCAUCGGGCUGGCAUUCGAUUUGCUGCGGAGCUUGUGUCCGCUGUUCCGACGGAUCCCCCAAAGAAUCUGCUGUAUUUGACUGUCAUACAGGAGUUUGUGCCCCAGCUGCUCGCCCAGGAUAUGCUAGACGUAUUAAGAUCCUUGGAUCUCAUCGAUCAUGGCGCUUUGCCUGAAAAUCGGGUUAAUGACUGGCUGCCCCUUGUAACCUAUCGCAAUGCCCUGAAACUGGCUUUAAUGCAGAGCUGUCGUCGAGAUGAUCUGUAUAAUCUGCCUAAUUAUGUGGUAGACUAGAUGUGGCUCAAUAGAUGACUUCUGACUGCGACCUGAUUGCACCUAUAAAACACACACAAAAAUAAUAAUA